AUGCAAAUCGUGAUGAACAGUUGCAACGUCUGUGCAAUGAUGUCUGUUGAUCCUCAUGAAUCCGGAGUAGCAGGUGCGAUACUGCAGACUUCUUUCCAGAUAGGUUCUACUGUAGCUUUAUCUAUUCAAUCGGGUCUCCUAACGGUCUAUCCGAACUCGUACUUCGAUAUACGGAAUAUCCGCGCUUCGUGGUAUUUUAUGCUCGGUUGGACCGCCGUGUGGUUGAUUAUGUUCGCGGCGUUGUAUCGUCAACCAAGGGAGAAAUCGUCCGGGACAAGGGCGGCUCAUUAG